GCCGGACAGCGCCUGCUGCAUGGAGCUGCCCGCCGCGGCCGCGGACGCUGUCGGGAGUCCAGCCGCCGCCGCCCUCAUCUCUUUCCCCGGGGGCCCCGGGGAGCUGGAACUGGCGUUAGAGGAGGAGCUGGCGCUGCUGGCGGCCGGGGAACGGCCGUCCGACCCCGGGGAGCAUCCUCAGGCCGAGCCCGGGCCUUCGGCCGAGGGGCCGAACUGCAGCCGCCACCCGCUCAGGAUCCCGAGCUGCUGUCGGUGAUCCGGCAGAAGGAGAAGGAUCUGGUGCUGGCG